AUGGGGAAUACGGAGAGCAAUGUGACCAGCGGCGUGAAGAAGCAGGCCGGAGUGUCCACACAGGCCCUGUACAAGUUCGUUAACCUGAAGGGUGGAGGCCUGCUGGUGGACAUGAUGAAGCGUGCGAUCCAGAACAAGCAGUACGCGGAGAUUGAUCACGCGAUCAAGACGAAGGUCGAACCGUUCCUCUACAACAAGGGCAAAGGGAAGUACAUUCCGGUGUCGGUGUUGGUGCUGUUACGAAACCGGGAGCGACCGCGCCACAAGCAGCUACCGGAGAUACGGGCGAUGGAGAACCCGGAAGAGGACUUCGAUAUGGACGCCGUGUGCCCGGAAGUUAGCGAGGCGGAGUACUACCUGAACCCGUCCGGUUACCGGGAAGUGUGCUGGAACAUCAAGGAACGUGGAGCGGUCGGUGAAACGAUUCUUCAUCUUUGCCUCCUGAACGCCACCUCCCUGCACGCGGAUCUGGCCAAACGGUUACUGCGGUUUUACCCGAAGCUCAUCAACGAUGUGUACAUGUGCGACGAGUACUACGGCGAGAGCGUUCUGCAUCUGGCGAUCGUGAACGAGGAUCCGGCGAUGGUGAAGUACCUGCUCGAUCACAACUCCGACGUGAACGAGCGCUGCUGCGGGACGUUCAUGUGUCCGGAAGAUCAGAAGGCGUCCCGCUACGAUACCCCCGAGACGGAGGUCGUCCAGAUGGUGCAGCUGACCAACUACGACGGGUACGUGUACUGGGGCGAGUAUCCGCUCACGUUUGCGGCGUGCCUCGGCCAGGAGGAGUGCUACCGACUGGUGUUGGCCCGUGGGGCCGAUCCCGAUAAUAAGGACUUCAACGGUAACACCGUGCUGCACAUGCUGGUGAUCUACGAGAAGAUUGGCACGUUCGAUAUGGGCUACGAGGUGGGCUCGUCGUUGAGCAUCCGCAACCACCAGAACCUGACUCCGCUGACAUUGGCCGCCAAGCUCGGCCGGGUUGAGAUGUUCUUCCACAUCAUGAACAUCGAGCGAGAGAUCUACUGGCAGCUGGGCAGCAUCACGUGCGCGGCUUACCCGCUGGUGCUGAUCGACACGAUCGAUGUCGAGACGGGCAACAUUAGCAAGGAUUCGGCCCUGAACUUGGUCGUGUUCGGAGACAAGGACGAGCAUCUCGAUCUGCUCGACGGGGUGCUGAUCGACCUGCUGAAAACCAAAUGGAACACGUUCGUGAAGGACAAGUUCUACCGCCAGUUCUUUAUGUUUUUCUGCUACUUUUGCGUCUCGCUGAUCGGUUUCACGCUACGCAACGGUCCACCACCGGCCGAGGACGACGAGGAAGCUGACGAUGCCGCUGGCAACAAGACGUCUUCGGGCACGAAAGAAGACUUACGCUGGAACCGGACCGGCCUGUGGGAUGUGGAGAAUGUGAGCAGCAUCCUCGAGGCACUCGGUUUCGGUGGCGAACCCACUGGCGGACGAAAGUGGCUCGCGCAGCUGGCCUACAACGGGAGCACCAUGGAAACACCGGAGCGGGACGACGCCGACGACGAUGAGGACGAUGGUGAAGAUGAGGGACUGUUUUUCAACUCCAAGUGUCACACGAUGGACUACGACGGUAUCGAGGGUAAGGUGCGCUUCGUGGCGGAAGUCAUCAUUCUGGUCGGCUCGUUUCUGUACCUUCUGUCGGCGUUGCGCGAGUUAAAGUUUCUGGGGCGGAAAAUGUUCUUUGAAAACCUGAUGACGGCACCGUCGCGUGUUAUGUUUCUGUUUUCCUGUUGCAUCAUGAUGGUGGUACCGUUUUUGAAAGUGCUCUGCUUCACCGAGGUCGAGGAUCACGUGGCGGUCACGAUCAUGCUGACAACGGCCCCCUACUUCCUGUUCUUCUGCCGAGGUUUCAAGACCGUUGGACCGUUCGUGGUGAUGAUCUACCGCAUGGUGAUGGGUGAUCUGUUGCGGUUCGUCGUAAUCUACCUGGUGUUCGUGAUGGGCUUCUCGCAGGCUUAUUACAUUGUAUUUUUGUCGUACAAACCGGAGGAGGACGGUGAUGCCAAUCCGAUGCCGUCACCGAUCGAGUCGAUUGUCGCGAUGUUCCUGAUGUCGUUGACCAACUUUGGCGACUACUACGGGGCGCUCGAGAACACGGACCACGAGUUUUGCGCGAAGAUCCUGUUCGUUGUGUACAUGGUGAUCGUGGCGGUGCUGCUGGUGAACAUGUUGAUUGCCAUGAUGGGUAACACCUACCAAAAGAUUGCGGAAACGAAGAACGAGUGGCAACGGCAGUGGGCCCGUAUCGUGCUGGUCGUCGAGCGUGGUGUUCCACCGAAGGAGCGACUCAAGAAUCUGAUGUCCUACAGUCAGCCGAUGUCGGACGGACGCCGGGCUCUGGUGCUCCGAUUGAACAUGACGGACGAAGAUAAGGAAGAGAUGAAGGAAAUCCUCGAGAUGAAGCGUGUCCACGAUCGGCUGUCCAAGAAGCGCCAGGUCGAACGGGACGCCCGGGCCGAGCAGCGUCGUUUGCAGCGCGAAAAGUAUCUCAGCGCGUGA